AACACAUCCAUUUCAUUUGCCCAGACAUCGUCAAGACGUAAAGUUCAUUACAAUUACAAAAACAAAACACGCUAAAAUUUUGUGAACAAAUCUAAAAGAAAAUCAUAUUCAUCUAGUGGUGUGCAUAUUUAGAAACUUGGCAACAACAAUAACUUGUUAAUGAACUUGAAUUUUUGUUUUUGCAAUAGAAUUACUUUUCAACAAAGUGUUGUUGUGUUUAGCCAGCAGAUUUUUAAUAUCUGCAUGGGUGACAGUGAAAACCGCCAAGGACUUUCAAAGAGUUAAUAAGUAAUCAAGUGCGGUCGGACUGUUAUAAGAAAUUCUUCGACGCUGGUGAAUAUUUCUAGCAGCUAAUUAGUAUCAUGUCUUCCUCCAAUAAACCAAACACUGAAUACGCUGGUGAACCAGGCUGCAAGACUCUAGAGGAGAUCCAUAAAGCUUUUCGUCACUUUUGGGAUCCAACUGGCUACUGGGAAUGUGAAGCACAAGGACAGCGUGCCAAAUUGAAACGUUGUCCACAAUCACAACUCUUCUCGGGCAGCAAAGGCAAAUGUGUGCACUACACAGAAUGGGAAUGGUCUGAGCCAGAGGAUCCCCCUAGUAAACCUUGAUAAUGCGCUACAGAAUAAAUAGAAAAUUAUUUUAAGACAAA